UCAAGCUCAGCUACUCUCCAACAAUGGCUUCCUUGGAGAUCUCACUAGGUGGGUUCUCUUGGGUUUGUGGGGAAGAACUUGAUCUGGGUUCUUUUUGUAUUCAAAGAACUAUAUUAGAUGUCUUGAAUCUCCUGUUUCUCUUUGUUUUCUCUGUGAUUUUGGUUAUAGGCUAUAUUAGAAAACAUGAGAUUAGUGGGUGCAGCAGGAGGGAUUGGGUCUCUGGGGGUGUUUCAAUCUGUUGUGCUCUUACUGGCAUUGCAUACGUCAGUGCUGGUUUCUGGGAUUUAGUUGUGAGAAAUGGUGGGUCUCAGCCUUUGGGUUGGUUGGUUUACUUUGUUAGAGGGCUAACUUGGAUAUCUUUAGCAGUUUCACUGCUUGUUCGAAGUUCCAAAUGGAGCAGGAUUCUUAGUUUCCUUUGGUGGUUGACUUUCUUCUCAUUGGUUUCAACCCUAAACAUUGAAAUUUUGGUAAAAACUCACAACAUCAAAAUCUUUGACAUAGUGCCAUGGCUUGUGAACUCCUUGCUUAUCUUUUGUGCAUUUAGGAACAUUUUCCAUUCUGUCUCUGAAGAUACUACCCCAGAUAAGAGUGAGUCUGAACCUCUACUGGCCAAAAAGCCUGUAAGAAGAACUGAAUUAGGGAAGAUUGGCUUUAUUAGUAAGUUGACAUUUUCUUGGAUUAAUCCUAUACUUUGCUUGGGUUACUCGAAACCAUUAGUCCUAGAGGACAUUCCUCCUCUAGCAUCAGAAGAUGAAGCUGAACUAGCCUACCAAAAGUUUUCUCAAGCAUGGGAAUGUCUUCAAAGAGAAAGAAGCUCAAGCAGUACUGAUAACUUGGUUUUUCGGGCAUUAGCCAUAGUCUACUUGAAGGAAAUGAUUUUUGUAGGGCUCUGUGCAUUGCUUAGGACAAUUUCUGUAGUAGUUUCUCCUUUGUUGCUUUAUGCAUUUGUAAAGUAUUCAACUCGCGAUGAGGAAAAUUGGCAAGAGGGCGUCUUCUUAAUGGGGUGUUUAAUCAUUUCCAAGGUGGUUGAAUCUGUGUCUCAAAGGCAUUGGUUCCUCAAUGCCAGGAGGUUUGGGAUGAGGAUGAGAUCAGCUUUAAUGGUGGCAGUAUAUCAGAAGCAGCUCAAGCUUUCAAGUUUGGGAAGGAGAAGGCAUUCAUCUGGUCAGAUUGUGAAUUAUAUUGCGGUUGAUGCUUAUACAACAGGGGAAUUUCCUUGGUGGUUCCAUUCAGCAUGGAGUUACAUCUUGCAACUUUUUUUGUCCAUUGGAGUCCUCUUUGGGGUUGUGGGUGUUGGUGCUCUUUCAGGCUUAGCCCCUCUUCUCAUUUGUGGACUUCUUAAUGUGCCAUUUGCAAAGAUAUUACAGAAGUGUCAAUCCCAACUUAUGAUGGCCCGAGACCAGCGACUCAGGUCUACUUCUGAGAUCCUUAACAGUAUGAAAGUCAUCAAGUUACAGUCAUGGGAAGAUAAAUUCAAGAACUUCAUUGAAUCUCUCCGGGAUGUUGAAUUCAAAUGGUUGGCUGAAGCACAGUAUAAGAAGUGUUACAACACUGUACUGUAUUGGAUGUCUCCAACCAUUGUCUCUUCAGUUACCUUCCUGGGAUGUGCCCUUUUUGGGAGUGCCCCAUUAAAUGCCAGCACCAUUUUCACCAUUGUUGCAGCCUUGCGGUGCAUGGGAGAACCUGUCAGAAUGAUACCUGAGGCUAUAUCUGUUAUGAUCCAAGCCAAGAUCUCCUUUGAGCGGCUCAAUGCAUUUUUUCUGGAUGAUGAGCUCAAGAGUGAAGAAAUGAGAAGGGUUACAUUGCCAAAUUCAGAUCACAGUGUUGUAAUAAAUGGGGGUAAUUUCAGUUGGGAACCAGAGUCAACCGUUCUAACACUCAGAGAUAUAAAUUUGGGAGUUAAAAGGGGGCAGACAUUAGCAGUUUGCGGACCAGUUGGGGCAGGGAAAUCAUCAUUCUUAUUUGCUAUACUUGGAGAGAUACCAAAAAUUUCAGGAAGUGUCGAUGUGUUUGGUUCCAUUGCCUAUGUUUCUCAGAGUUCUUGGAUUCAAAGUGGGACGAUUCGCGACAACAUUCUCUGUGGAAAACCAAUGGACACAACCAAAUAUGAGAAAGCCAUAAAGGCAUGUGCCUUAGAUAAGGAUAUAAACAGUUUUGACCAUGGUGAUGAAACAGAAAUCGGUCAGAGAGGGCUUAAUAUGAGUGGAGGACAGAAACAGAGGAUUCAACUUGCUCGGGCUCUCUAUAAUGAUGCCGAUAUCUACCUCCUGGAUGACCCUUUUAGUGCAGUAGAUGCACAUACAGCUGCAAUUCUUUUCAAUGACUGUGUCAUGGCUGCUCUACAGCACAAAACUGUCAUGCUAGUGACUCAUCAAGUGGAGUUUCUUUCUCAAGUUGAAAAAAUCCUGGUUCUGGAAGGUGGACGAGUAACUCAAUCAGGAAGCUAUGAGGAGCUCUUGACAACUGGGACAGCAUUUGAACAGCUUGUAAAUGCUCAUAAGAAUGCAAUAACAAUAUUGGAUCUUUCAAAUAAUGAAAGAGAAGAAACUCAAAAAUUGGAUCAUAUUCUACCAGAGGUGUCUCAUGGAUCUUGGCCCACUAAAGAAAGGAGCGAAGGGGAGAUUUCCAUGAAGGGUCUACAUGGAGGGCAGCUCACUGAAGAAGAGGAAAUGGAGAUUGGCGAUGUUGGGUGGAAGCCAUUCUGGGAUUAUCUCCUUGUCUCAAAGGGAGCACUACUGAUGUUCUCAGGCAUGAUAGCUCAGUGUGGUUUUGUUGCCCUUCAGGCUGCUUCAACCUAUUGGCUAGCACUAGGCAUUGAAAUUCCCAAGAUCAGCAAUGGCAUGCUAAUUGGAGUUUAUGCUGGAAUUUCAACCCUAAGUGCCGUCUUUGUAUACCUGAGGUCUUUCCUUGUAGCUCGUCUAGGAUUAAAAGCUUCUAAGGCCUUCUUUUCAGGUUUUACCAGUUCGAUUUUCAAUGCUCCAAUGCACUUCUUUGACUCUACUCCAGUUGGGCGAAUCUUGACUCGAGCUUCCUCAGAUUUGACUGUUUUGGAUUCAAAUAUACCCUUCUCCAUUAUCUUUGUACUGUCAGCUGGUAUCGAUAUUCUAACAACCAUUGGAAUUAUGGCCUCAGUCACAUGGCCAGUUCUCAUUGUAGCCAUUUUCGCUAUGGUAGCUGCAAAAUAUGUUCAGGGGUAUUAUUUAGCCUCUGCAAGGGAGCUAAUAAGGAUCAAUGGUACAACAAAAGCUCCUGUAAUGAAUUAUGCAGCCGAGACAUCCCUUGGAGUGGUCACUAUAAGAGCUUUUAACAUGGUGGACAGAUUCUUCCAAAACUACCUAAAGCUCAUAGACACGGAUGCAAAGCUAUUUUUCUAUUCUAAUGCAGCAAUGGAAUGGCUAGUUUUAAGAAUAGAAGCACUUCAGAAUCUAACUCUAGUCACUGCUGCUCUUCUUCUUGUUCUACUUCCCAAGGGUUAUGUUGCCCCAGGGCUUGUGGGGCUAUCUCUUUCUUAUGCUCUGGCACUGACAGGCACCCAAGUGAUGCUGUCUCGAUGGUAUUGUAACUUGUCGAAUUAUAUGGUUUCAGUUGAACGGAUCAAACAGUUCAUGCACAUACCAUCUGAGCCUCCUGCAAUUGUGGAUGGAAAGCGACCACCAUCUUCAUGGCCUUCCAAGGGUAGGAUAGAGUUACAAAAUCUCAAGAUAAAAUACCGCCCAAAUUCUCCACUGGUUCUGAAGGGUAUCACUUGCAUAUUCAAAGAAGGGACUAGAGUAGGGGUCGUUGGAAGGACUGGAAGCGGCAAAACUACACUGAUAAGUGCUCUAUUCCGACUAGUAGAGCCUGAAAGCGGGACAAUCCUGGUAGAUGGACUUGACAUUUGUUCUAUAGGUCUGAAGGAUUUGAGAAUGAAGCUCAGCAUCAUCCCUCAAGAGCCAACUCUUUUCAAGGGUAGCAUUCGAACUAACUUGGAUCCUCUAGGCCUCUACUCUGAGAAUGAAAUAUGGGAGGCUCUAGAGAAGUGCCAGCUUAAGGCCACAAUCAGUAGUCUUCCAAACUUGCUAGACUCAUCUGUGAGCGAUGAAGGUGAGAACUGGAGUGCCGGGCAACGCCAGCUCUUCUGCCUUGGACGAGUUCUACUCAAGAGAAACAGAAUCCUUGUUCUAGAUGAAGCCACUGCAUCCAUAGACUCUGCCACUGAUGCAAUUCUGCAGAGAAUUAUCAGGCAGGAAUUCUCAAACUGUACAGUGAUUACAGUAGCUCACAGAGUUCCAACAGUCAUGGACAGUGACAUGGUCAUGGUCCUCUCUUAUGGGAAGCUUGUGGAGUAUGAUAAGCCUUCAAAUCUUAUGGAGACCAACUCCUCCUUUUCAAAGCUUGUAGGUGAGUACUGGUCCAGCAGUAGGAGGAACUCCUAAUUGAGACCUGAAAUUGAAACUAUUUUUUCAAUGAUCUUUUGUUUUCUUCAACAAACAUGAACUGUUUGUUAUAUCAAGCCUAAUGACUAGUGAAUAUAAUUGUUUCUAACA